CAGAGACAUUCUGUAAGUCCAAAUAGAAGAAAACUUGUUGCGACAAAGUUUUAUCUUUCCGAAUGCCGGAUUUAGAGUGUGGGAGAGUGGGGAGUGGGAGGUAUGAACAACAAAGCGAUGGAUGUUCCAAACAGUUUACCAGAUACUCAGCAGAGUGAUGGAAUUAAUUAUAGUCAAGAUAUUGUUGAUAAUAAUAGCUGGGGUAGGCUGUAUGCCACAAGAAAGCAGUUUACCACUAUUGAAUUAACAAAGGAUGAGUACACUGUUGGACGAUUGCCAAAUUGUGAUGUAACAAUUACAGAAAGAGAAGUUAAAAAAGAAGUGCUGACAACAAUAAGCAAAUUGCAUUUUAAAAUAAGGAAGACGAAAGUAGGGGAUGCACAAGCUGUAUACCUGGAAGACUGCAGUUUUAAUGGAACAUUUGUUAAUGGCGAGAAAAUAGGGAAAGGCAGAGUAAUAGUGUUACAGAGCAAUGACCAAAUAAGCCUUGCUGCUGCACCUUUUCGGGUUUAUCUCUUCAUGAGUGCCAGCUCUUACGAUUCUUUGGACUAUCCUGAAGCUGUAAGAUCUCGGUACGUGAUAUCUCGGAAGCUAGGUGCUGGAGCAUGUGGGGAAGUGUUCCUGGUGUUUGAGAAGAAAACAUGUAACAGGUUUGCGAUGAAGGUUGUGGAGAAAAAACGAUUAACAAAAGGAGGAAGACAUUUAUUACUGGACCCAGAAAAAGUAAUGAAUGAAGUAAAAAUACUGACAUCCUUGAAGCACCCAUGCAUUAUAACCAUCCAUGACAUUGUGGAUACAUCAAAUAAAGUGUACAUGUUUCUGGAACUGAUGGAGGGAGGGGAGCUUUUUGACAGGAUCACCAAAAAAGAACAGCUUGGUGAACCAGAGGCAAAGCUGAUAUUUUAUCAGAUAGUUGUAGCUGUUCAGUAUUUGCAUUCAAAAGGAAUAACUCACAGAGAUCUUAAGCCAGAGAACAUAUUACUCUCCUCUGACAAAGAAGAAACUCUGAUUAAGGUGUCAGACUUCGGUUUAUCAAGAUUUGUCACCUCGGAAAUGACAACAGUCUGCGGAACACCUUUAUAUGCUGCCCCAGAGGUACUUGUAAAAAAUGGAAGAGGGGGCUAUACAAUGCAAGUUGAUGUUUGGAGCCUGGGCGUAAUUUUAUAUGCAUGCUUGAGUGGUUAUUUACCUUUUUCACCUGACAACAAGAAAGUCCCAUUAAAAGAACAGAUUAGGAAAGGCAAUUACUCCUUCCCAAUACAGUACUGGAGAGGUGUGUCUCCAGAGGCUAUUGAUUUGAUAAAGAAGAUGUUAACUGUGGACCCUAUUCAGAGAAUAACUGUUGACGGUGUUGUGAAUCAUUUGUGGCUUCAGGAUGAAUUAAUGCGAAAGAAAGCAGAGAAUCUUAUGAGAGAAGGCUUGCAUGGCAUCUGGCCAGAUGAAAAUUCUGACCCCGUUACAUGUGGACCUCAUCUUGCCAAGAGACCAAGGUUAGAUUGAUGGAAUUAAUUAACCUACAGUGAGAGGAAAGUACAAACGCUACCUGUACAACAGAAGUCAUAAGAGUGAUAUCGUACUUCGAUAGCUACAUGUUACCUGCAUUAAUUUUCAUGUGUUAAAACAUGUGAAUACACAAUUAGACAUAGAAAAAUUGUAUGUUAAAUCACAAGUGAUAAGGAUUGUUUGUUUAUAUUGCAGUUGUUUUUGCAUCACUUUUUUGUAAGAUUAUUAAUUUUGAAAAUUUUAUGUACAUACAUUGCUAUGUCCUUAUUGUGACUUUGAUAUGCUAAAUAUUUCCUUAUAGGAAAUUAUGUACUGAGCAAAGUAUUGUCAGAUCUGAGACUAGGACUAUAGAAGAUAAACAGUGUUUUUUUUUCCUCUCUCUCUCUCUCUCUCUCUCUCUCUCUCUCUCUCUCUCUCUCUCUCUCUCUCUCUUUUUUUUUUUUUU